AUCAGUUUUUUUGUAGAGUUGUGUAUAUAUAGAACAUCCUGGAGUCCACCAUGAAUGGACAGUUGGACUUAAGUGGGAAGCUAAUUAUCAAAGCUCAGCUUGGGGAGGAUAUCCGGAGGAUUCCCAUUCAUAAUGAGGAUAUUACUUAUGAUGAAUUGGUGCUAAUGAUGCAACGAGUUUUCAGAGGAAAACUUCUGAGUAAUGAUGAAGUUACAAUAAAGUAUAAAGAUGAAGAUGGCGAUCUUAUAACAAUUUUUGAUAGUUCUGACCUUUCGUUUGCAAUUCAGUGCAGUAGGAUAUUGAAACUGACAUUAUUUGUUAAUGGCCAGCCGAGACCCCUUGAAUCAAGUCAAGUGAAAUAUCUCCGUCGAGAACUGAUAGAACUUAGAAAUAAAGUGAAUCGCUUAUUGGAUAGCUUGGAACCACCAGGAGAACCAGGACCAGCCACCAGUAUUCCUGAAAAUGAUACUGUGGAUGGUAGGGAGGAAAAACCUUCUGCAUCUGAUUCUUCUGGAAAGCAGUCUACUCAAGUUAUGGCAGCAAGUAUGUCAGCUUUUGAUCCCUUAAAAAACCAAGAUGAAAUCAAUAAAAAUGUCAUGUCAGCAUUUGGCUUAACAGAUGAUCAAGUUUCAGGGCCACCCAGUGCUCCUGCAGAAGACCGUUCAGGAACACCUGACAGCAUUGCUUCCUCUUCCUCAGCAGCUCACCCCCCAGGAGUUCAACCACAGCAGCCACCAUAUACAGGAGCACAGACACAAGCAGGUCAGAGUGAAGGUCAGAUGUACCAGUACCAGCAGCAGGCCGGUUAUGGAGCUCAGCAGCCGCAGGCUCCAGCUCAGCCUCCACAGCAGUACGGUGUUCAGUAUUCAGCUAGCUAUAGUCAGCAGACUGGGCCCCAGCAACCUCAGCAGUUCCAGGGAUAUGGCCAGCAACCAACUUCGCAGGCCCCUGCCUUUUCUGGCCAGCCUCAGCCACUGCCUGCUCAACCUCCACAGCAGUACCAGGCAAGCAAUUACCCGCCACAAACUUACGCUACCCAAACUUCUCAGCCUGCUAAUUAUACUGUGGCCCCUGCCUCACAACCUGGAAUGGCUCCAAGCCAACCUGGAGCUUAUCAACCAAGACCUGGUUUUACUCCACCUCCUGGAAGUACCAUGACCCCUCCUCCAAGUGGGCCUAACCCUUAUGCACGUAACCGUCCUCCCUUUGGUCAGGGCUAUACCCAACCGGGACCUGGUUAUCGAUAAGGAAGCUCAGUUACACUGAAGAAUGUAGCGAUUUGCCUCCUAAAAGACUCCAAUACUAUUUUAAUUUGUAUUGAUGUUCAUUUGAAAAGGCAGAGCAUUUUUUUAUGAUACCAUUGUUGCUGUUAAUUGAAAGCAUAAUUUGCUGGAACACAAAACAGACCAAAAUGAAAUUUGUUUUUCCUCCCCUGCUUUAAAAUGUAGCAGCUUCCUAAUUACUUUAUUUUGGAGCACUACUCAAGUCUGUGUAAAAGUGGUUGACUUCCUAGCUUGCCUUGUCCAGAGGAUAUUAAAAAUGAUAGGGGUAGCCAUCUGACUUGGCUUUAAUUAACAUGAUGUACUAAAGUAGAUUUCUUUGAGAAGACAUCUAGCUAUUAUGUAUAAAAUUGUAACAUUGAUAGGCUAAUAAAGAUGAUUGAAUCCAU